AUGCUAAUGGCACUGUCUGGCCGAUCUGGGAGACUAAAUUUAGUCCGAAUCCACCGUCUCCUCACCAACACUCCUGCUGCUGCUGCUGCUGCUGCUGCUGCUGCGGCUUAUUUGACCUCGUCGCCUGCCUGGAUUAGGACUGUUCUUGUCCUUAUCAAGGAGCUGAGAAGCGAAACUAAAGAAAAAGAAACUAAAGAAAAAGAAGAGAGAGAGAGAGAGCACAGCAUGCCCCUCAAAUCGCGCUGGCAAGUGCCUAUCCCCGACAUCCAUCUGGCCUCUCUCGUCUUUACAUCGCCCACCCACCCUCUGUCGACGACCCAGCGAUGUCUGAUAGAAACAGCACGCCCGGACACGCACUUCUUCACCGUCCAUGACUUCCGCCUCUGGAGCCAGCGGUUCGCGGCCGGGCUGCGCAAGGCCGGCGUCCAGCCCGGCGACCGCAUCCUGUUCUUCUCCGGCAACGAUCUGUUCUACAUGGUCGUGUUCAUGGGCACCAUCAUGGCCGGCGCCAUCUUCACGGGCGCCAAUCCCACCUACGUGCCUCGCGAGCUGGCGUACCAGCUGCAGGACAGCGGCGCGACAUAUCUCAUCUGCGCCGAGGCGAGCCUGGACACGGGCAUUGCGGCCGCCGAGCAGAUCGGCAUGGGCAGGGACCGGAUCUUCGUCUUCAACAACGCCGUCUACGAGGGCAAAGGCGAGGGCAAGCGCGGAUGUCGCUACUGGGGUGAGCUGAUCGCGUCCGAAGACGAAGGCUGCCAGUUCGCCUGGGAUCCGCUGGAAACGCCGUCCGCAGCGUCCGAGACAGUCCUCGCGCUCAACUAUUCCAGCGGCACGACGGGCAAGCCCAAGGGGGUCGAGAUCACGCACAAGAACUACGUCGCCAACACGCUGCAGUCGCUGCACCUGGCCAAGCUGGACCCGGAGUACGAGGAGAAGAACAAGAAGGCCCGCUGGCUGUGCUUCCUGCCUCUGUACCACGCCAUGGCCCAGACGAUCGCCGUGUCGGCCAUCUUGCGCCGCGUCCCCGUCUAUGUCAUGCCGAGGUUUGACUUCCUCAAGGUGCUGGAGUACACCGAGCGGUUUCGCAUCUCGUCCCUGUUCCUGGUGCCGCCGGUGGUGGUCGCGCUGGCCAAGCAUCCGGCCGCGAAGAAGUACGACCUGAGCAGCGUGCAGAGCAUCAGCUGCGGCGCGGCACCGCUGGGCAGAGACGUGUGCGAGCAAGUCGAGGCGCUGUGGAAAGACGGCAGUGUCAAUAUCAAGCAGGGCUGGGGGAUGACCGAGGUGACAUGCACAUUCAUGUCCUUCCAUCCAAGCGAGAAAAGCACGACCUCGUCCGUGGGCGAGCUGGUCGCAAACUGCGAGGCGAAGAUCAUGGCCGACGACGCCGUCACCGAGCUGGGACGCAACCAGCGGGGGGAGCUGUGGGUGCGAGGGCCCAACGUGAUGAAGGGAUACUGGCGCAACCCGCAGGCGACGAGGGAGACCAAGACGGAGGAUGGGUGGCUGAAGACGGGCGAUAUAGCCUAUGUUGAUGACGAGGGGAAAUUCUACGUCGUUGACCGGAAGAAGGAGCUUAUCAAAGUCAAGGGCAACCAGGUUGCUCCGGCAGAGCUCGAAGCUCUACUGCUGGAGCAUCCAGCCGUGGCCGAUGCUGCUGUGAUUGGACUUCAAGUCAACAACGAAGAAUACCCCCGCGCAUACAUCGUCCUCAAACCAGGCCACACCGCCUCGGCAGAGGACAUUGUGCAAUUCAUGAACGAGCGCGUCGCCCCCGUGAAACGCAUCACCGGAGGCGUGGUAUUCACCGACUCGAUUCCGAAGAAUCCGUCCGGCAAGAUUCUGCGACGGGAUCUGCGUGAGAGGGCGAAGAAGGAGGUUGCUGGUACUGCCAAGCUGUGA